AUGGCGAAUACUAUAACAAAGCAAUACACCCGUCUCCUCGCUCUCUGGCCAAAAGACGCUCUGCGCCCAAAUUUACCCUUCACACGCGCAAUCGAGCAUCAUGGCAAACCAUUCGGCGUCCAACCCAUAACACCUACCCCCGAAGAGGGCGCAAAGCCCCAAGCGCCCGCACCUACAACACCGGCCGCAUCUUCGCCGCCUGCGAAUCCCAAGCUCGAGCAAGCCCAAGUGAACGCACUAUUCUCGUUACUAGAGAACCGAUAUAGCACAAAGUAUGCGCUAUCACCGGGUGUACUGAAGCCAACAUCUGCGCCGGAGCACUAUACCAGACUGAUGGAGGAGAUCGAGCGGGCGCCUCAGAAGACAUGGUGGGAGGCCAAGCUGGAUCAGUGGAAGAUGAAGAUUCGAUGCCUUUUGGACCUCAUCACAGUGGACGUUGGCAAGGAAGGAAGCAAGUUUCCGGUCCAUAAAGCUGUGAUCAGGAGAAGCUCAAAGUUCUUCGACAACGCCAUGAAGAAAGAGUGGGCAGCAUCUCGUCUUGAUGCGCGCACCGUCACUCUUGUCGACGAAGACCCCGCUAUCUUCAAGAUCUACCUCCACUGGCUGUACUUCAAGACAUUCCCUACUGCCGCUACAAAGAGUACAGGGAGGUUCGACCGUGAGAUCUGCAUGCUUAGCAACAGCCUCGUCAUGGGAGAAAUACUCAUGGAUACAGCCUUCAAGAACGCCGUCUUGAUUGUCUUCCGUGACGCCAUGCUCAACCAGCCUUUCUACAAGCGACUACGUCCAGGCCCCAGUAUAAUCAAGACUAUAUACGAUGGAACUCCGGAGGGGUCCCCUGGCAGGCGUUUCAUGGUUGAUGUGUGGGUUAGAGAAGCGGACGAGAAAUGGGCUAUUCACAUUGACGACAUGCCGCUCGCCUUCACGCUGGACUUGUCAAAAGCGUUUAUGGCAUGUGCGAGGACACCCAAUUCAAAGAUGACCUCGUGGACAACAAGCAUGAAGGACUUCAUGGAGACAUAG